AGGCAGCUUUGGGACAAGAUGAAGACAGCAAUGCCACCGAAGUCGUGCAUCCCAGCCGCGUACGGCCAGGCGUGCGCGGGAUGCGUCCGGGGGAAGUGUAAGUGCAUGCUCCGCCAGGACGGAGCCGGGUGCGAGAGGUGCCACCGCCUCGGGAAACAAUGCGAGCCCUCCGCCGCCCUCCGCAAGCGCAAGUCGCAGUCGCCGCCUCCUGGUGUCCCCGACGCCCAGCGCCCGCGGCAGGGCGAGCCCUCGAUCGCGGACGCCGGCAGUACGCCCCGCCUCGAGGCAAAGAUCGACGACCUGGUCUCGCUCCUACGUGCGCAUAUCACGCCUAGUUCUGGGAAACCCCUCUCGCUCAAAGGCGCCGCAGUGGUCUCAUUGACAACCGAUCCUCCUCCUUCUGCCACUCCCACUACUGGGGCCGACUCGCUUUUUCCGGAUAUCGUCAUGGACUCUGCAACGGCCUCGAUCCAGCUGGUCAGGCCGGCGGCGACCAGCGACCCGGCCGAUGGAGCCGUUGGAUGGCCAUCCAGUGCCGCCAGCUCAGCGUGGAUGUCACCCGUUGCCCGCGAAAUACAAGCCGCGAGCAAGCGGUGGUACUUGUACGACACGGAAGAAGAUAAACGAAUGCGGGAAUUUAAUGACAGCUUCAUCACCGUCUUCCCAUUCGUAACCCUGAACGACGACCUUUCAGCCCAGAGGCUCUUCGAGGAGAGGCCAUUUUUGUGGCUUGUCAUUAUGACCCUAACCGAGAAGUCUAUAGCGCAACAGUUUGCGAUGGAGGAGACCAUCUGGAACAUCAUAUCGCGGAGGAUUGUCGCAGAGCAGCUCGCCAAUCUUGAUCUCCUCCUUGGCCUGAUUUUCUUUACCAACUGGUCUCAUGUUUUCAAAAAGGAAAAGCCCUUCGCCUCCAUGACAUUGAAACUUGCCAUAAAUAUGGCUCAAGAGUUGGAUCUCCACAGAGAAGCGCCCGCCUUCACAUCGUACCGGGCCAAAGGUGGCCAGCUCGUGCCACAGACGCACACUGAGACACUCCAGCGAACACUGGAGGAGCGGCGAACGAUGCUUGCCCUGUUCCAAAUAUCAAGCAGUGUCUGGGCUUCCUUCAGAAAGGCCGAGCCGCUUCCGUGGACGCCUUACCUAGAUUCUUGUAUUAUUGCGCUCGAGAAAGCUAGGCAAACAAUCUGUGACCUCACCCUGAUUGCCCAAGUCAGGUGUCAGAUCAUCUUGAACCAGUUGUCUUGCCCUUCCCAGAACGGCAGCCCCAUCGGACCUUCCGAGUUCAUGACCACAACACUCCUCCAGCAGCUAAAUGCGGUUCGUCAAAAGAUGCCAUCCUUUGCCCAGGUCUGGAGAUGCAACAAGAGAUACCUGCUGCACGUGGAACUAGCCAUCAAAGGUCUCUGUCUAGACAGGCCUGGUGAGCGUCAGUCCUGGCAGCCCGCCGGGAACGCGGGCGUGCCCAGCAACAUACGCCGGGCCCGGGAGCUGGAGGCGGUGCUGGAAGCCUGUGAGCAGUGGAUGGCUGCGUUCCAAACAGCAGCGGAUCCGCUCGGGUGGAUUGCAGACGUCGACCUGAACGGCUACGUGCAAAUGACGCACUGCCUCGUCCAACUCUUCCGUCUCCACACGCUGCCCGAUGACAAAUGCCACGGCGACGGCGACGGCGGCCCCGGUUUGGACCUUGCCGACAUCAGGAGGCGGGCCGACGUCUUCAAGGUGAUAGACACGCUCUGCGACGAGAUGGGCAAAAUCCCCGGGGCCUACGAAAUGGUGGACGCGCCAGGGCCCAGGAGAGGCCUGUUCUUCAAGGCGGCGGCGCACCUGAGGAUAAUCAAGGGGAUGAUGCUGAGCCAGUUGCCCGAACACAUGAAGCGGCAGCGCGAGCAGGAGCAGCGUUCCGGAGACAAGGACGCGCAGCAAAAAGAGCAGACCUGCGAGCCGCCGCCGCCGCCACCACAGCAGCCACAGCCUCCGGAGUCUCUGGAACUGCCCGACCCGCAAUCCUCCAGCUUCAGGGCCGAUGCUUUCAGUUCUGCGGAUUUCUCGGACGAUCUCGCCUUUCUCGACAAUGCAGUCAUUGACCAGGCCUCGGAGCCGUGGAUCAUGGACUUUUUGAGCGUCUCGUUUGCAACGGACCAGCCUCAGGGCCUUUACUACAUCCCCGACGCCCAUGGUUAUUGACCCGAGUCGAGUUCGUCGCCGUGCCGGGCCCCAGGUCUGUCCUCCAACCAGGUGGAAUCUCCGGCACAGAUAACACAGUGGCGAUCUCAAAUCCUCAAGCCAGGGGGCGCAUAUCGCUGGGGUUGGGGUUUGGGUAUGACAGAGCUACACCCGCCGCCCAACACAAGACCACCUACCGGAUCGUAUAAUGCUUAUUUUCGGAUUUAUAUACCGAAGGUUUCUACAUAGUUCUCGUCUUGAAACUCGCUCGGGAGUUUUCCCGAUAGUAUCCAGCUGAAACACCAGGCCAGGCUCUGGCCAUUUUUGGACUACCAUAUUCCCGCCAAAACUGGGGGUGAUAUAUAAAAAGCGUUGGCCAAGGAUGCCAGCUCUUUCGCGUUUCUUUAUUUCCCCAGAUUCAGCCCAGAGCCGUGCGGCCCGGACUAAAUUAGUCGCUAUCCUCCC